AUGCUUUCGAUCGUACGAUACGUUCGCCGACGUCUUCGCCGAGAGACCACUCGAUUCCGUCGGACUUUGGUUUUCAUGCGUUUCUAUAUUCGUAGAAUAUUCCUAUGCCUAAUGGCGGCAAUACUCGGCUAUCAAUUAUUUAACAUUUCUGUCGAGUAUUUUGCGUACAAAACGGUUACCGUAUUUGAAGUGAUGGACAACUCGCAGGACUCUCACAUCCCGGUCAUAACCGACCGUCCGAUUACUGCGACCGUCCAAACAAACAUAUCCUAUGGCGACGACACGGCUACUGACCAGCACUGGUCGGGCGUUGAUAUCUCUACGUUAGAGCGAUUUGUAAUGCUAUCACAUAUAAAACACGGCAGUCUAUACAUAUCGCACAGUGUAAUUACCGAUCGGCACAAUAUGACCGGCGGUACGCCGGGUGUCAAUAGUCGGUCCCAAUCGGUAAUGGAUAAGCCGUUUGCCGUUAUUCAUCAGUCGAUAUAUGCGCUCAAUAAUGAACUGAAGUUUGUAUUGUUUCACUUCCAUUCGGUGGUGGACUUCGAGCAUUUGUUUAACACAGAGACUGAACUGUCGGGCGCUAACCUAACAUUUAUUGUCACAAAAACAAUGCGCCGACAGUUACCCGCGCCGUACAGCCGGUGCAGUCACUACGGCUCAGACCCGGCGACCGGUGCCGAGGGGUCGGGCAGUGGACAACCGUUUUGGGCGAUAUCUCACUGGCAUUGUAUGCGGAGGUGUCGACUCGAUUACGCCCGCAAAGUGCAUAAUACCGGUUGCCGUAUAUAUCGUGUCGACGAUAUAUUACACGAAUUAGAUUUUGACCAUCACGUGGGCGAAGGAGAGUGUCGUGUGGACAAGACUAUGCCCGCCAGUAACGGACUUAUUCCUUAUGUGUUAAUGCCUUUAAAUAGUUCUGAAGUUUCGAUCCAUUGUCUGUCGUAUUGUCCGCCCGAUUGUCUGGCAAUCGAUUAUCGCUCGCGUGUUGUCAACGAUAACAAGGAUUACAUUCAAAAGGUCUGGUAUAGAGUCGACAGACCGGAGGACUGGUAUUCAGAGAAACGUUUGGUUUGGGACUCAACUCAACCGAUGUAUGUCUAUAAAGAUGAGCCCAUUAUGUCAUUCCCGGCGUACAUGUCAUACAUCGGCGGACUCUUUGGCCUCUGGUUUGGCACUAAUGGCCAGCAAUUGAUUGUCGCCUCAAAAGUGAUUUCCGAUGAUUUCAAUCACGAUUUCAGCGACUGUUGUGUCAAAGAAGGCAUUCCUUCGAUAUGUAACGGAUUUUGUAAUUUUAAAGGAUUACUAACGCAAACACCGAAAGCGCAUAUAUUUGCCAUUUGCUACAGUCAUAUGACACAACUCGUCAAAUGUCUAACCGAUGGCCGCAAUCACAUCCCGUGCUGUGAGCGCCAGAAUAUUCCGCGCGUGUGUCACGGCUCGUGUGCCGGCAAGUAUACGCUGACGACCGCUCUUCAGCACGUGAUUUGUUUGGAUUACGCGACGCCCACUCUAUCGUGCAUUGCGGACGGCAUACAGACAUUGCCGCCCCCACCCCGCGAGGUCACCGCUGAACCUAUCAGUACUUCGCAGGACUGGUCUCUCGCCAAGAAAAGCGAAAUAUCAAAACUGAUGAAACAAAUCCAAGGAAUUAACACUAAUCUAAAGACAUUCAAAAUCGAUGGCAACGCCACUGAGUUUACGAUAAAUGACUUAAAAGAGUCGACAAUGUAUGAGAUCUCCAUUAUGUCUAUCAAUAAAAAUCCGUGUUCACAACAUUGGUUACUAUAUGCUCAACAAAGAAAUCGCGCAAAUCUUCGCAAAUGUUGUGCAGAAAACGGAUUGAAUUCAGAGUUUUGUUUAAAUGUUUUGUGCGAUUCAUCCAAAGCCGAAGAGUCGACGGUCGGAGACAUUAGCUUUUGUGCCCAAUUCUCUAACAUUACAUUCAAGUGUUUGGCACCCGAUUAUGAUAUAAGUGAUUGCUGCGAAGAGCGGGGAGUUUCACAAUUUUGCAAACAUUUUUGUACGGGAAAAGUGUCCAAAACUGAUUUCCGUUACUUUGUUUGUCUUCAUUAUAUUCCCGCCUAUUCUUCGUGUAUAUUAGAGUCGAAAGGCCUUCUGCCGACUGAACCCCGAUCUAUAGUCAUAGCGAGUAAACAUCAGGACUGGGCUCUCGUCAAGUGGUCACCGCCUGUCAAGUUGUCUGAAACUAUAACCAAAUACAACAUUCAUAUAAGAGAAUUAGAUCCAGAGAUUGAAGAGGGCUAUUAUAUAGAGCCGGCUAUUCGUUCCCCUUAUCUCAUCGAUGGACUAAAGCCGGGAAUUAAAUAUGAAAUAUAUUUAACAGCCAUUAACAGACACGGCAUAAGUCGGAGCUCUUCGAGAGUUAUAUUUAAGACCAAAGAACCGGAAUCUAACGAAGACAUUGAAUUACAACAAUCGGAUGCCACGACUGGCUAUAACGAGACCGCCUGCUGUCAAAGGGCUACCAUUCCGGACAUCUGUUUGCCGUUAUGUAGCUAUCAUAUGAAAAUCAACGACGGCUUACAGUUGGGCGCCCUUUGCGCCGAUCACCGGACCAUAAGAACAAUGGUUAGGUGUCUGACGGGAGGCAGAGAUCACAGAUCGUGUUGUGAGCGGCGAGGGGUAGAAGAGGGCUGUUUGGAUGUCUGUAUGGGUGUUAUAAACGAGUCGCCGUUCGUUGUCGGCGCCAAAUGCUCGCAAUAUAGCGGCCGUAUAUUGCAAUGCAUGGUUGAGGGCGCAGACACUUUGCCCGAUGACAUCCGUCUCCGACAACACCAACACAUCGCUUAUCAAUUGAUUUAUUCACCCAUUCAUACAGAGAUACCUCCGCAUCCAUAUCAAGACACAUACUCUAUACGUCUGAACGUAAGCGACACGAAGACUGUGUUAUCGGAUCUAAAGCCGGACACGCGAUACAGCAUUUAUGUGUUGGCCGUCAACCCAUACGGCUCUUCAAUGCCUUCGUUAGUGCUUUUGAUUAAUACUAAAUCAGAGGACGAAAAAGACUCGCAAGAAGUGAUUCGUUCACAAUUAGGUCCUCCGCAUAGCAUUCAAAUUAUACAACAGACCACUGAUUCCCUAUCAUUCAAAUGGUUACCGCCUUAUUAUAUGCCGCCCGACGUCUCGCUUAUAUACGAGGUUUACUUUAAAAGAGUGUCUAAUAUAUCGGGUGAACCGCAAAUGGAUUGGAAUAUAACCGAUACUUACGUUAAUCUCAUUGAUAUAAAUGGUUUGACAUAUAAUACUUUGUAUGCGAUGGCAGUGAAAGCCAAGACAGACGUCGGUCUGAAGAGUGUUAUGUCUGAGACAGUGCUCGCGUGGACCGAUCCGUCCACUCCUCUCAUACUUAAUGCACCCAAAUUAGAGCCGUCCGGACCUGUAGUCGAGGGGGAGAUGCUUACCGUCCGGUGCGAUACCAUUGGGAAUCCCAUUCCUACCAUAAGUCUCUAUAUUAAUGGCAUAUUAACCAAAACUGAAGAAACCCGACAUUUGAUCUACAAAUUAGAUUAUAUUCAGAGAAAUCUUACUUCAAUCUCAUGUCAGGCAACAAACGCGGAAACGCUUAAUAAUCAAUCGAUUUUUCCGGCACAAAGUCAUAUAGAAGUGAGAGUCAGAUUUGCGCCGACAAUAAAAAUAGACAAUAAGUUGAAUACAGGGGCCAAAUAUGGCACAACUCAACUGAAAUGUGAAUAUUCUGGUAAUCCUCAGCCAAAAGUCCAAUUCUUUAGAGAUCUAAGGAAUAAAGCGGAACUUAAGAGUGGAGGGAAUAUACAAAUCGAAGUAAUACCUCAUUCAACGAAACCUUCGACUUGGAUCUCAACGUUUACUCUCAAACGGGUCACUGAAUCAGAUGCCGGACAAUAUCUAUGCAUCGCUCAGAAUGAAUACGGAAGAGAAACCGCUAUUAUUAAUCUCAAAGUGGAUGAACACAAGACAACGUAUCGCAAUACCAGUGCGUGUUGUAAAUCUGAAGGCGUGUCCGAAAACUGUUUGGCAUUUUGUAAAUUGGAUAUCGAUUUCAACGCUGUCCUCAAUAGACCCCAAUGUUUCAGUGAAUUAAACAAAUUCAUGUAUUGCGCGGCCGAUGGCAGUGAUCACAGAGAGUGCUGUCUUCGUCGAGAUGUGGCCCGCGAUUGUCUCCAUUGGUGCGCCGGAUAUAAAGUAAGCAAACCGUCGCUGUGUUUGCUGUCAUCGGUUCGCGAUAUCAUCAGUUGCUUCAAAGAAGGCAAUUCAUUGUUGCCAUCGAUGCCAACCAAUGUCCGAUUCAGAGAGCUUUUAUCCGAUAACCGACUGAUCAUUAGUUGGGAUAAACCGGAUAAGAACGCAGAGGCCGUCCAGUGGUAUAACGUGUAUUGGAAACGCGUCGGCUCUAAGGACUUGGACUCCGACCGAACUGAACAACAAUACUAUGAAUUACGUAAUUUGGAUCCAUUGGAAACCUAUGAAUUCCUGGUCAAGAGUUCCAACUAUUACGGCACCAGCGCUUUGGCCGAUCCGUUGGUCAUUAAUUUGGCACAAAUCGAGGCACAAACCGAAGCCGUCAAUCAAUCGAUGCUUAAGAUACUGAUGGCAUCGUUCAUAACACUACUCAUUAUGAUAACAAUAGGCACUGUUGGCUAUCAGAUCUUCAAGAACUCCCAUUUGUAUUUGUUUAAGUCCAGAUUACUGAAAGCCAAACCGCAAAGCAAGCGUUUGGUCCCUAUACAGUUGCUGAGCGAGGUUGAAGUGCUGUUAUAA